AUAAUAAAUAAAAGAAAAAAUAGAUAUGCGCGCGUCCUUAACCCUUUAAGUACCGCCGGCAUCUCCUCCAUUUAUUUACUUCAAUCGCUGUUCUCAUUUCCAUUUCUCUCCUCCAAUCUCCGCCGCCUCCGCCUCCGCCUCCGCUUCCGCUUCCGCUUCCGUACAGAUUUACUGAGAUUGACAUCUAGAAGACUUGUUUGGGCAACCAAGACCAAGUCAUUAUCGGCCAUGGCAACUGAACACGAUGAAUAUAUGGGCAGUUUGAAGGCACAGUUAGCGAAAUUGUUUGAAGUUUCGCUUAAAGUGACCGUUCCUAACGAGCUGGAUGUAGAGCCAUUGGUUGCUGCCUGUAAUGGCAAAUUUGGUGAUUACCAGUGUAACAAUGCCAUGGGCCUCUGGUCUAAAAUAAAAGGGAAGGGUGCUCCAUUUCGUGGGCCUCCGGCAGUUGGAGAGGCAAUCAAAAAUAAUCUCCCAUCCUCUGAAAUGAUCGAAUCAUGCUCCGUAGCUGGGCCUGGAUUUGUAAACGUUGUGUUGUCAAAGAAUUGGAUGGCUAAGAGCAUUCAAAAGAUGCUAAUUGAAGGUAUUGAUAUGUGGGCACCAUUGCCGCCAGUUAAAACAGCAGUUGUUGACUUUUCAUCCCCUAACAUAGCAAAAGAAAUGCAUGUUGGUCAUUUGAGGUCUACGAUUAUUGGUGACACACUUGCUCGCAUGCUAGAAUUUUCGAAAGUGAAAGUUCUUCGGCGGAACCAUGUUGGUGACUGGGGGACACAGUUUGGCAUGCUGAUUGAGUUCCUUUUUGAAAAGUUUCCAAACUUUGAAGAUGCCACUGAAACAGCCAUUGGAGAUCUACAGGCAUUUUAUAAAGCUUCAAAGCAGAGAUUUGAUGCUGAUCCUGCAUUUAAGGAGAGAGCUCAACAGGCAGUGGUGCGCCUUCAGGGUGGUGAAGACAAAUAUCGCAGGGCAUGGGCACGGAUAUGUCAAAUCAGCCGGACUGAAUUUCAUAAGGUCUAUCAACGGCUUGGAGUCCAUCUAGAGGAAAAGGGGGAGAGCUUUUAUAACCCAUACAUUCCAGGGGUAAUAGAAGCAUUGAAUAAACAAGGAUUAGUCGAGGAAAGUCAGGGAGCUCGAGUGAUCUUUAUUGAAGGCAUUAAUAUACCUCUUAUUGUGGUGAAGAGUGAUGGUGGUUUCAACUAUGCAUCAACUGAUCUGGCUGCUCUUUGGUAUCGCCUCAAUGAAGAGAAAGCUGAAUGGAUUAUAUACGUUACUGAUGUAGGCCAGCAGCAGCAUUUUGAUAUGUUUUUCAAAGCAGCCAAACGUGCAGGGUGGCUUCCUCAAGGUGACAGUUCAUAUCCCAAAGCCAGCCAUGUUGGUUUUGGCCUCGUCCUCGGAGAAGAUGGAAAACGUUUUCGAACCCGUAACACUGAAGUUGUUCGACUAGUUGAUCUACUUGAUGAAGCCAAGGUUCGAAGUAAAGCAGCACUUAUUGAGCGUGGUAAGGGUGAAGAAUGGACUGAGGAGGAGAUCGAGAGUACUGCUGAAGCAGUCAGUUAUGGUGCUGUAAAGUAUGCUGACUUGAAAAACAACCGGUUGACCAAUUAUACAUUUAAUUUUGACCAGAUGCUUAAUGAUAAGGGCAACACUGCUGUUUAUUUGCUAUAUGCUCACGCUCGAAUCUGUUCAAUCAUCCGGAGGUCUGGUAAAGACAUAGAGGAACUGAAGAACAAGGGGACAUUAGUAUUGGGGCAUAAGGAUGAGCGUGAUUUGGGGCUUCACUUGCUGCAGUUUGCUGAGGUUGUCGAAGAGGCCUGCACCAAUUUGCUGCCAAACGUUUUGUGUGACUACCUCUAUAAUUUAUCUGAAAUCUUCUCAAAGUUUUACAGUAACCCCGAGUGCAAGGUUAUUGGGUCAGAUAUGGAAACGAGUCGACUACUAUUAUGUGAAGCAACUGCCGUGGUUAUGCGAAAAUGCUUCGAUCUCCUGGGAAUCGCACCUAUUUACAAGAUUUGAUCUUUGAUCUCAUUUCUCCUACAAAUCAACAGAUACAUGCGGUAAGCGUCUUCAAUCCCGUUGUCGAUGGAAUUACGCCACGAGGUGCUUGGUUUAAUUUUAGCAUCUGUUCAGUUUGCUUGAGAAAUUUCCAAUUGUAUGUUCAUUUUGGAUGACCUGCAUUGCUAUUUAAGCAUAUUUCAAAAUUUCCUCAUUGCAAUUUAAGGAUUUCGACAAUCUGGACAAACUCCAAGUUCACAAACGGAAUGCAAUCUCGAUGAAAUGGUUGAACAUGUUAAUGCAAUUUGAACCAACUCGAAUAGUUAAGUUGGUUCAUGCAGUUAUCUUGAAAAGGUGGGUUCGGAUUUAACAUUUCUGAUUUCUUCUUUAUCAGAUUGUAACAUCUUUUGUACAAAAAAACCCAAAACCCUAAGCUUUUAUAAUGGGGUAUAUUUAAUGAACCCCCCUAAAAAGGAUUUUUUUUUGUUGCAAUAAAAUGAGAUGUCGGCGUUUGCUACAAUAA